CCCAAUCUCUCAAAUCCAGAGAGGCGCUCAUCACCCGAAGCAGCGAGCAGCGAAAUCGCGCUACAGUUAGUGCUGCUGCUGGGGCUGCUCGUAGUAAACGGAGCUACUGCUGUGACUGCUAUCAGCCGACCGGCGUCGCAAAGAACUCUUACAGGCGGUAGCUGAUCGAUGCGCUGUACUCACAGCUAGACUAUACUGUUUUGAAUACGUGCCUAUGGUGUUUACUAACAGAAAGGCACGGAACAAUAGAGGAGGAGACCAUCAUUCGGAGUGUGUCCUAUGAUGUCGUUUAUAGCCAUGUAAAGCUGUCGUUGUGGCUGUAGAUUUUAUUGUUUUUGUUGAAUCAAAGGGGAGCAUUGACUGGUUUAUGCCAUUAUUGAUGGAAAUAUCGUCUGGUGUUGUGUGACGUCUUGGUGAUACAUUAAAACCCCUCCUCUACGUCCAUGUUCGUGAUGAAGGUGUUAUUCGAAUUGUUUUUGUGUGUGUAAGACUGGAACCGGAACGCGAAUUAAGUAGCCCGGGGUCUCUACGUAGACUUCGGCGUUGAUGUGACAGUGUUCUACUCGGCGCUUUGGUUGUGGCUUCUGUCGGAGUUUUCAUUUUUUUCGCGUAAGUGAGGCAACUGUGAAGGUUUUGUCGAAGGAUGAACGUGGACUUGGGGGCCUCGACAGGACCGAUGAAGAUGAGCAGAAUUUCUGCAGGGGGCAAUGUCUUUGGGGUUCACGGGAGCAAAGUCGAUCUGGAACCAAGUGAAGAAGAACUUGUCGACUAUAGUAGUAAAUUUCCUGAGGCGAUGGAUGAGCCGAAGACGCGUGCUGAGACAUCAUCAUCAUCUUACCAAGAAGAUGACGUUCCGCGCGUCUACUGUACGGAAGGUACCCCACGCCACAUAAGCCGAGCAUCGUCUGCCGGUGACCUUAGCGGGGGUGACAAGCGAAGGCAACCAGCCACAAUUCAUGAGCAGGAAGAGGUGAAGCUUGCGAGCCACACCGCUACGGCCAAUGCCACCCCACAGGUGUGGUCACGUAGCAGUUCUCCUAAUUCACUUAUCAGUUACUGUAUCAACGGUCAACAAGUUGAUGAUGCACACUCUGUAAUUUCGGAAUUUAGUCGUCAGCCCUCGGGCAUUAUCUCACCAUCUGAUUUACCUGACUCUCCAGGGCAAACCAUGCCACCAUCUCCAAAAGAUCGUCGGCGCAACCAACAUCACUACACGGGAUCUUCAGAACAAACAAAGCAAUUUCAAAGUCCGGGCCAUGUUGGACACACAACUCAACAGAUUGCCUAUGGUUAUCAUCCAACAAUGCACCAGGGAAAUUCGCAAAUGACGCAGUCAACUCAUUUUACUCCGAUUUCUAUUGAUGAAAGCAAAAUGGAAUCGACAGCGCCUGUUCCACCACUAGUUAGGCCUCAUGCAGAGUCUCGACCAAUGCGAUCGUACGCCGACUCCAAGAUGGUGGGUGACCCAUACAUGUUGGAUGACUCGUUACAUAAUUAUCGUACUGAAGAUACUCCAGCCAAUUUGUCAGCCGCCACGAGCUUUUCAGAUCUCAGCAGUAUCUGUCCGAGAAGUGACUAUAGCACUCCGAUACCACGGCCGCGUCGCCGUAAGCCCAUGACUCCGCUGCAGGACAGCUCACAGAUACCGUUAGAAUCACCACACCAUCCAGACAUGUUUAGUCCACUUGGCCAGUCCGAAACAUUGAUGCCACUGCCUCUGAGCCCCGCAAAUUCACAGCAACAGCAACAGCAACAACAACAGCAGCAGCAGCAGCAGCAGCAGCAACAACAACAACAGCAGCAAGAGCAACAACACAGAAGUAACGAUAGAAGUUUUGACGACCAGAAAUCCGAGUCUUCAUAUGGAUUUAAGCCAAGAACACUGCCAAGGAGGGUUCGACUCAAUCCCUCAGCGCCAGAAGUGCCAUUCACCAAUGGUAAUACGAACAAAUCGAUGCCAGAUCUCGAUAAAGAAGGCAACAAUAAUCAAGAUUCCGAUUCCAACUCUGAGGAUGAAGAACUCCUUCGCCAAGUUAUCAACCGAGGAAGACCUGCACGAUCCAAUCAUAACAAUAAUAAUUCUGUUACUGGCACGAACGCCAUCCCAUCCGCCUCGAAGGUACAGGCAAAUGCUAACGAACAAGAAGCUGAUUCCGAUACGGAAUCGGACAACCAGGAAAUUAUCGAUGAGCUGAUUAAGGCUGGUCGGCCAGCAUCUAGAAACCAGAUGGCUAUACGCAAAGGAGAACCUUCACUGGACAAUCGGAACCGGGGACAUCAGGUUGGUGCUGACAAGUUAAAAGAAGAUAGAUUCAAGGCUGCACGCUCAAUGGAAGAUCUCAAUUCCCCCCAAAAGACUGUAAAAAAAGGUAGUACAAACUUUCGGGUGCGCGAACAACCACUACGUGGUGCAGAGGGAGGAAUUCCCAAGCAAAAUAUUGCUAGGGCACAAUCUAUGAAAAGCAAUAAGUCUCUAGGUUAUGACCAGAUGCACGAUCGGCGUCAAACAAAAACUCCUGAUCCAGGCGAUGCCGGAGAACGCUUUCAACACCACAAUAUGCAAGGCUUUCAUAAUAAGCCUGUCUCCAAGGUUAGUCCCAUGAGACCCCAGACCCAACACAGAGAUCAACCUUCAACCUCGUUUGGUUCGAAAAAAAACCGUGCUACAGAGGGAGAAGAUGCUUGUCCAAAGCUGGCCCUUUUGUCACCGCUGAGAAGUUCUGUACGCCAGAGUCGGCAGACAUGUGUGAAAAAGACUACGGAAAUAGCCUCUGGCGACAUGUCUGAUAAUAGUGGUGAGGAAUUUCCCCCUCGACCACCAAAGCCGCCACAGUUUCGUAGUGUCCCUCGACCCCCUGUAGACGUCUCCCAGGCUGAGUUUGUAGCUUCCUCACCGGAGCCUGUUAAUACCUCCAUACCUGACGUUAUUCCCUCUAUACCUCAAAUAGACGAAGUUCCAGUUGUUCAUGAUGAAAGCGUUAUAUCGCCAGCACCACUACAAUCGGAAGAAAACAAUAAUAUUAAUCACGAUGACAAAUCUCAAGUGCCUCCCGAACCUCCUGAAGACUGCGACGAUAUUACUGUGUUGUUCUUCAAAUUUACGGAUUCGAAUCGAAGCUACACAAGACGUUUCCUUAAGACCAAUCCGUUUCAAUCAGUUGUAAACUAUCUUCAGAGCAAGGGCUUUCCUCCAGACAAGUAUAAAAUUUUUGUGGCAGGAGUGUUUCGCUUUAAGCGAGAAGUCGCUUCGAAGUGUUUCAACAAAACUCUCGCUGAAUUAAAGAUGGUUCCUAAAAAGACACUUAUUGUCAAACCUCAAUGAAAUGUAUACUGUGUCCCGGAUCCUUAUUUAAUAGUCUAUAUCUGUAAACAAGUUUAGCGGGAUGCCGCAGUUCUUAUUAAUCUAGCUUACGUUAAUUGUAAUCACACGCUACUGAACUGCAGUCUAACGUCUACUGAUUAUUUUCUCAAAGUCAGAAUUUAACAGAUUCAAAAGUACUCACUUGUUUAUGGCUAUCAAAGGAUACAAAAGGAUAUAAAGAAGAAGAGUGUCUCAAAUGAACAUUAACAAUACCGAUACUCAAUGGACAUCUUUUUGCCUAAAAAGAUGUGAGGCAAAUAAGCGUGAAUAUGUUCUUGCCAUAACUUACUAUAAUUUUUUCGACACGCCUUCCUGCAAUACAGUUCAUGUUUACAAUUUAAUGCGUUCUGUAUAGAACAAUGCAAUGUAUGCAAUAUUGUACCAGAUCAGAUGCCUCUGAAUGUAUAGAGACGUGCCUAUCUAUUCACGGGUUCAUUUUGACGACAUUACAGGUUGACUGAAGUUGAAUAAACAUUACUACAUAAAUUA